UGUGAAAGUUUGCAGCUUUUUGAAAAUGGGUUCAAAAGGGUUUCACUUUUAAAAAGGGGAAGAAGAAGAACAAACAAGAAGCUUUUAAGAUAUGCCAACAGUUUGGUUCUCUUUGAAGAAGUCACUUCACUGUAAAUCGGAGCCAUCAGAUGUCCACGACCCGAAAUCCAAGAAGCAUUUAGCCACAAUCUUGACCCGAAAGCCCGGUCGGUCGGGUUGUUCGAGGUCCAUAGCAAACCUUAAGGAUGUCAUCCAUGGCGGAAGCAAAAGACACUCGGAGAAGCCAGUGAGUUGCAGUCCUAGAUCUAUUGGAAGCAGUGAGUUUCUAAACCCGAUUACCCAUGAAGUUAUUCUCAGCGAUUCAAGGUGUGAGCUUAAAAUCACUGGUUUUGGUGGUGGGUUUCAUGAUGGCAGCGGAGGCGGUGGCGGUGGCGGUGGCGCCGCCGCCAGCGGCGGUGAUGGGUCGACUUUUGUGGGUACUUUAAUGCCUGGUACACCUGGUCCUGGUGGUGGGCAUCCAACAAUGCAUAAUUUCAAGAAUCAACAAAGAAGAACACUUUCGAAUUCGUUAGAUGGGAAUGGAAUUGCGAAUUCUGGUCAUUUUACAGGGAAGAAUGGAAUUGGAAUGCCACAAAAACCUAGAGUUUCAUUGGAGACAGAAUCUUAUGGGUCUUCUGCUGGUACAGUCACGUGCCAUAAGUGUGGCAAACAGUUUGGAAAGUGGGAAAAUCUUGAAACCCAUCAUCUCUCAAAGCAUGCUGUUACUGAGCUUAUGGAGGGUGAUUCAUCAAGAAAGAUCGUCGAAAUAAUCUGUCGAUCGAGCUGGUUAAAGUCCGAGAACAGUUCAGUUCGAAUUGAGAAGGUUUUAAAAGUGCACAACAUGCAAAAAACACUAGCCCGAUUUGAAGAAUACAGAGAAUUGGUGAAAACCAAAGCUAGCAAACUUCCCAAGAAACACCCUCGAUGUCUAGCCGACGGAAACGAACUCCUGAGGUUUUACGGAACCACAAUCGCUUGUUCUUUAGGCAUCAAUGGCGAUUCUAGCCUCUGCAUUUCCGACAAAUGCUGUGUUUGUCGGAUCAUAAGAAACGGGUUCUCGACAACCAAGGAACUCAAGGGCGGUGUUGGCGUUUUCACAACUUCGACUAGUGCCCGAGCUUUUGAAUCGAUAGAAGUCUCUGAUGACGGUCCAGAUACACGAAGAGCGUUGAUGGUGUGCAGAGUGAUAGCCGGGAGGGUGCACCGGCCGUUAGAGAACAUUCAAGAGAUUGCCGGGCAGUCGGGUUUUGAUUCGUUGGCCGGGAAAGUCGGGCUUCAUUUGAAUAUCGAAGAUCUUUAUUUGCUUAGUCCCAAAGCUCUUCUUCCCUGCUUUGUGGUUAUCUGCAAGCUUUAGUGAAAUACAUAUUGGAUGAUGUCUUAUUGGUUAAGCUCUUGCCAAGGGUUUCUUUAGAUAGAAUUGUGCAUCAUUUUGG